AUGAAUUCGAACUCUUCCAACCACCCCGCCGAAACUCCUGAUAUAUACGCUAGAAUGAUCGAAGCUCAGGCAUCUACUUCUCGUGAAGCUGAAGCCAACAGACCAGAUAACACAAAGAGAAGCUAUGCUUCUAAGCAAAAGGAGUUCAGAGAAUGGUGUGAUGAAGCUUUCUCGAGCGUUCUCCCAGAAUAUCGCUACACUGUUGUUAAUCGUACCAGCCGAAGAAAUACAGGAAAAAGUAUCAAGUAUAGCACAGCAAUAUCAGCCGAUGCUUUUGUUGAGACAGAUGUUGAACCAACGGAGGUACUUCUGCAGAGAGCAAUGCCUCUGUUGUACAAGAAGUUGGAGGACACACAGAACGAAUUUAAUGCGCUUAGAAGAGAAAUGUUGACGGAGUUCAGAGCUAUUCAGCAAAAAAUGGACGAUUUGGUGUCUGGAAGAACUUCUCUUCGGUUCUUCCGAGAAGAUGAAGGGGAGAGAGCUGGCAUUAGACCGAUGAGCACCCCAUCACUCCCAUCCCCAGCCAUUAACACUGAGUCCAGCUCCCAACAGCCAGCCGAGUAUUUUAAUGGCUUUGUAUCAUUUAUUGCUACUGCUAUUGUUAUAUUCUACUUCGUUAAACUGCUAUAUUCAAUUGAGCAUUUAUCUAAAGAAGCAUAUUUCAUCCAAUCCAAUUCCAAUAUUUUAAUAAUAAAAAUUGAGGGUUUUAGCUUUAUUGCUAUUUUGAAUAUCAGCUAUCUCUUGUCAUAG